CCUGUGGGGGGAGAGGGCUGGGUGAGGUCAGGGUCUCCUGUGGGGGCAGAGGGCUGGGUGAGGUCAUCUCCUGUGGGGGGAGAGGGCUGGGUGAGAUCAACAGAGGAGGGUCCCUUCUUCCCUUCAGGCAGCAAAGCCCCUCCCAUUGUGAGCUGGUGUGUCACUGUCACUGAUGUGCUGUGGGGUACCCACUUGGGAAGUUAAAUUGUGCUCUGUCCCAGGACCACAACGGGCUCAGCCCUGCUCUCCAGGCUGGGCUGUCUCCUGGAGGCUCAGCUGGCUCCACCCACCCCUGCUGGGAUAAGCAGCUGGAGUGUCCCUACCCACACAGGACCCACUGCCCUCAGGGAAUGGAAACCCUCUGUCUCACUAUCAGACCCAGUGGAGAAUUGCCUCCACCCCACCUCUUGUAUUCAGAGGCUCUGACCCCCAGGGAUCCUGGACUAGGGGUGCCUUGAUGGGUAGCCCACCUGUGGCCGGUGGGUGCUGCGCUGUGGGGGGCAAUCCUCCAGGAUCCCCAGCCCCACCUUCCCAACCUUCUGUUGAGGGUUGGAGGACGCAGAGUCCCUCUCCCUCCUCCCUACUCCUAGGCCCUAAGUGCUUUUAAAAAAGGCCUGGGGGACUGGGCAGCCCAACCCUCCCUAACCUCGAGGGGGUCUCCAGAGUGAGCGCCGGGCCGGAAGGCAGGGCCCUGGAGUGGAGGCCCUUGUGUGUGGCGGCACCAUCUCCUCUCGCUGGCUUGGGGUGUUCCCAGUGGCUCUGGGGUUGACACAGCAGGCAUUGAAAUGGCUCCUGUUUCUCUGGCAGAGUAGUGGCGGCAGAGCCAGCCUUGGCCACACUGCAUUCUAAGGGGCUGUCAUUUUGCCCAGGGAGCUCCUGGCUGGACCAUCUACCCCUAGGGCCAGCACGCAUCCCCCAUGUCCCACUGCAGGGCCCUAAGGCAGGGAACAGCUUAUCGGUCACUGUCCUUCCUCCCUAGCCCCGGCCUGCGUCUCCACCAUCCACCCUGCUCCAGCCGCCCCUUGUCCCUCUCCCUGCCCCUUGCCCGGAGCCCCUGGCCCCUCCUGUGCUCCUGAGCCUGUCCAUCCAGCACCGCCCCUCCUCCAGGGCCCCUCUGGGUGGGGGGUGCGCACAGUGGGGAGAGGCAGCCCCUGCUGCUCCUUGCCCAGCCUGGUGCAGUGGCCAGAGCCGCCCAGGGCAGUGGUAGCAGAUGGAGCUGUUUGAUUAGAAUCAGGGAAGAUAAGGCCCCUUAUGUGACCCCAGAGCUGGGGACGCCAAAACUGCCCCUCCUGCCCCACCCACCUGCUGCUCUGUCCGUCAAGAGAGAGCCCCCGAUUCUGUGGUUCCUUGGUUCUCAGCGCUAAGCCUGCCUGACUCCUCACCUGGCUCAGGGACUGGGCAUCAGCGACACACAGGUCCUGCCUCCCAGCAGCCCCUUCAUGAGCCCAAGGCCCAAGGGCUGGGGUUGGGAGCCCGUUAGCAGCCUGUGACACAGGUGCCUGUCCCCGUCAUUCAGCUGUCACCCUGCAUGGCGCAUCUCAGGCCCCAUUAUCAGGACGAACCCCAGGUGGAGCUGGCCCCGCUCAGGGUCACAGCCACUGCCUGGAGGAGGCUAAAAUCCAGGCUGUACUGUGGCGGCCCGAUGUCCAGCCCUGCCCAGAAACCCUCUGCUCCAGCUGCAGCCUUUGCCCCUCCUCACCCUCUCCCUGGUUUCUCCUGGCACUGCCCUCCAUCUGCCCAACCGUCCAUCCACACCUCUUAUUCUGUUUGAGGGUGCCCCAAAGAAGAGCCCAUCGCAGCCCGGGGCUCACAGCCAGCCACUCGCAGGACCCUGCACUCAGGCCCCACAGAAGACCCUCCCUGCCUCUCCCAUGGAAUUCGAUAAGGAGGCUCAGAGGAGCAGCUUAACGGGAGAAGGACGCCCCCCCGGCCAGGACUCCCCAGGCUCUGCCACUCAGCAGCCCCCAGAGGAGCAUGCACAGACACCAGGACUAAGUGGCCUCAGACGUGCAGUCCCUGCCAGAUGUUGGGGGCAGCUAGCUGCCCAGAGGCAUGCCUCUCCGCCAGCCACGCCAAGCUGUGCUGCUGCUGCUACUGCUGGUCUUCAAGCCACAGGCCUCCUCCGCUCAGGUGAUGGACUUCCUAUUUGAGAAGUGGAAGCUCUACGGUGACCAGUGUCACUACAACCUGAGCCUGCUGCCCCCUCCCACUGAGCUGGUCUGCAACAGGACCUUCGACAAGUAUUCCUGUUGGCCGGACACUCCUCCAAAUACCACAGCCAACAUCUCCUGCCCCUGGUACCUGCCUUGGCACCACAAAGUGCAACACCGCUUCGUGUUCAAGAGAUGUGGGCCCGAUGGGCAGUGGGUGCGAGGACCCCGGGGGCAGCCUUGGCGAAACGCCUCCCAGUGCCAGAUAGACGACGAGGAGACUGAGGUCCAGAAGGAGGUGGCCAAGCUGUACAGCAGCUUCCAGGCGGUGUACACGGUGGGCUACAGCCUGUCCCUGGGAGCCCUGCUCCUCGCCUUGGCCCUCCUGGGGGGCCUCAGCAAGCUGCACUGCACCCGCAACGCCAUCCACGCCAACCUGUUUGCGUCCUUCGUGCUGAAGGCCGGCUCCGUGCUGGUCAUUGACGGGCUGCUCAGGACCCGCUACAGCCAGAAGAUCGGAGACGACCUCACUGUUAGCAUCUGGCUCAGCGACGGAGCGGUGGCCGGCUGCCGUGUGGCCGCGGUGUUCAUGCAUUAUGGCAUCAUGGCCAACUACUGCUGGCUGCUGGUGGAGGGCCUGUACCUGCACAGCCUGCUGGGCCUUGCCACCCUCCCCGAGAGGAGCUUCUUCCGCCUCUACCUGGGCAUCGGCUGGGGUGCCCCCAUGCUGUUCGUCAUCCCCUGGGCGGUGGUCAAGUGUCUGUUUGAGAACAUCCAGUGCUGGACCAGCAAUGACAACAUGGGCUUCUGGUGGAUCCUGCGGUUCCCUGUCUUCCUGGCCAUCCUGAUCAACUUAUUCAUCUUCAUCCGCGUCGUUCAUCUGCUUGUGGCCAAGCUUCGAGCACGGCAGAUGCACCACACAGACUACAAGUUCCGGCUGGCUAAGUCCACGCUGACUCUCAUCCCCCUGCUGGGGGUCCAUGAAGUGGUCUUCGCCUUUGUGACAGAUGAGCACGCCCAGGGCACCCUGCGCUCUGCCAAGCUCUUCUUCGACCUCUUCCUCAGCUCCUUCCAGGGCCUACUGGUGGCUGUCCUCUACUGCUUCCUCAACAAGGAGGUACAGUCAGAGCUGCGGCGGCGCUGGCACCGCUGGCGCCUGGGCAAAGUGCUACAGGAGGAACAGAACACUAGCGGCCACAGGGCCUCGUCUGUGCCCGGCCUCAGCCCUCCCAGCAAGAAGCUGCGGUUUGGGAGCGGUGGAGGCAGCCACGGCGCUGGCCAGGAUUCAUCUGUGGCGACCCCGUUGGCCGGUGGCCUCUCUAGGUUAGCUGAGAGCCCCUUCUGAACCCUGCUGGAACCCCAGCUAGAGCUGGACUCAGACACCCAGACGGUGGCACUGAACAACCCAGAACGGGAUGCCCAGCUGAGGCUGGGGUCGGGGAGCCAACAGCAGCCUCCAACCCCCACCCCCAGUGUGACGAUCUGUGAGGUGGGGCCUCCCCUCCCUGUGCCUGCCCUGUCCCUGGUGCAGGGGUGAGCAGAAGAGUCCAGGGCGGGGGUGGGGCACUGUGCCGGGAACUGCACGCCUGUGUCCCCACGUGUGCCGUGAUGUCCUAUGUGCGUGGAAAUGUUCCCCAACAAUAAAGAGCUCAGGCAGCCACC